AUGACCUGGAGCCGGUCCCGGAGGUGGGGGCUUGGCCCUGGGCGGGAGGGAGGAAGGAGCGCCCGGGAGGAAGGCUGCAGAUUGGAGCACGAGCAGGUCUGCAGCCCCCGCGCUGCUCGGUUCACCGCGACCGCCCGGAAGCAGGCCGCGCAGGUGUGUGCAGCGCGCAGGUGUGUGCAGCGCGCAGGACCGCACCUCCGAGCCCUGCCCUGCAGCCGCGCAGGACGCCCCAUCACGCAGGAGCCGCGGGCGUCUGUGCUGGGGCCCAAGGCCGCGGUCCGACCCCCUGGGCUCCCCACGCGGCGCGGCACAGACGAGACCCCAAGGACGUGCUUCUCCGGCCGCACGGAGGCAGGAGGCUCCACGGGGAGGUGCACCCCGAGGUCCACGACGCGGCGGCGGGCCCUGGGGGCAGGAGGCGGCCCCCCGAGGCGGCGGAAGCCGAAGACGGCCGAUGGCGCUGGCCUGGCGCGGCUCAGGCGGCGCGUCAGAGCCCCGCGCCCCGAGCCCGGCUGCCGGCUGGAGCCUGCGGGUGCGGCGUCCGAGGGGCGCGGCGACGGGACGGGGACGGGACGGGACGGGGACGGGGAGGCCCGCGGAGCCCCCGGCGGUCGGAGGGACGCGGAGGCCGAGACGCGGGGCCGCCCCGGCCCGGCCCGGGAGGACCCGAGGAUGAAGGGUGCCACCUACCGUGCGUUUUCCCAGAAAGAGGCGAAGGAGCUGGAGGUUCAGCUUCCGGGAGCGCAGCAGGCCGAGGCCUUCGUGAGAGCCUUCCUGAAGCGCAGCAUGCCCCGCAUGAGCCAGCAGGCUUGCGAGGACCAGCUGCAACGCAAGGCUGUGGUCCUGGAGUACUUCACCCGCCGCAAACGGAAGGAGAAGAGAAAAAGAUCCAAAGGCCUGUCCGCCCGGCAGAGGAGGGAGCUGCACCUCUUUGACAUCACGGCAGAGCAGCAGAGGUACAAUCUUUUUCUCCCUCUGCAUGAGCUCUGGAAGCAGUACAUCCGGGACUUGUGCGGCGGUCUCAAGCCGGACACGCAGCCACAGAUGAUUCAGGCCAAGCUGUUAAAGGCAGACCUUCACGGGGCUCUCAUUUCAGUCACAAAAUCCAAAUGCCCCUCCUAUGUGGGUGUCACGGGAAUCCUCCUACAGGAAACGAAGCACGUUUUCAAAAUCAUCACCAAAGAAGACCGCCUGAAAGUUAUCCCCAAGCUGAACUGCGUGUUCACAGUGGAAAUCGAUGGCUUCAUUUCCUACAUUUAUGGAAGCAAAUUCCAGCUUCGGUCAAGUGAACGAUCAGCAAAGAAAUUCAAAGCAAAGGGAACAGUGGACCUGUGAGGUCUUUGCUGCGGAGGCGACUGUGUGUGCCCCGGGGACUGGGACCGCCUGCGUGCCCUCCUUGCACGAAGAGGUGGCCGGGCCGGCUGUGGUUCUCGACCAGUGCGGCGCGUCACCACCAGAGUUAGGAACCAUUCAUCGGGGGGUCCCUGGGUGGCACAGCGGUUUGGCGCCUGCCUUUGGUCCAGGCGUGAUCCUGGAGUCCCGGGAUCGAGUCCCACAUCGGGCUCCCGGCAUGGAGCCUGCUGCUCCCUCUGCCUCUCUCUGUGUGUGUCUAUCAUGAAUAAAUAA